UGCGCCGCGUGGCUCGCCGUUCCCGCCGCCGCAGCUUCACGAGGACUCCAGGAUGGCGUCGCAGGUCAAGCGCGUCGCGAACCAAGAGGUCCAGAUCGCCGAGGAGUCGGACAGCGACGAGGAGGAGCCGACCAUCGAGGUCGUCGAGGACGGCUCCAAGGGCGGCGGGUCCCUGAAGCCCCGGAAGCGGCGCCGGCUCAAGUGCUACCUCGUCUUCCACGGCGACCGCGCGUCGCGGCGCCUGCCGCACUGCGUCCGCGUCAAGUGCCCGCGCGACGGGUCGUGGGACAACGGGCCGAACGGGCCGCGGCUGCUCAAGGAGACCUUCGUGAAGCGCUACGCCGAGGUGCACCCGCGCGUGCCCCUCGAGGCGUCGUCGACCUACCUGGUGGACGAGUUCGGCACGCCCGUCGCCGACGACGACAAGCUCGCGCUCUACGUCCAGUCCGAGGGCGUGCUCCACGUGAUGAUCGGGUCGCCCGCGCAGAAGGGCCCGGGGAACCGCGUCAUCCAGUGGGGCUACAACUCGCUCCAGUCCAAGGAGGUCAUCGAGCCCGGGCCCCUCUACUCCGUCGCGCGCGCGCGCGUCGUGUCGCUCGACUGCGGCUGGCUCCACGCCGCGGCGGUCCUCGAGUGCGGGCAGGCGCUGGCCUGGGGCUCGAACGAGUUCGGCCAGCUGGGCACGGGCGACGAACUCAAGUCCGCGGAGCCCGUGGCCUGCAAGGUCGACCGGGAUAUUCGCCUGAAGACCGUCGUCUGCGGGUCCUACUACACGAUGGCGCUCGACGACAAGGGCGAGCUCUGGAGCUGGGGCCGCUACCAGGCGUCGAACUGGCCGUCCAAGUUCGCCGACACCUGGGUGAACGGCUACGCGAAGCGCGGCGAGCUGGGCAUCAAGGGCGAGACGAUCGCGCUGCUCGCCGGAGGCGAGUCGCACAUGCUCGCGGCGAUGGAGAGCGGCAAGCUCUUCUCCUGGGGCUACAACGAGCAGCUCCAGCUCGGCAUCGGCGACGAGAAGGACGGGGGCCAGAUGAAGCCCCGGGAGGUGAAGUUCAAGGAGCUCACGAAGGAGAACCCCGUCGCGGCGCUCGCGUGCGGCGGGCUGCACACGAUCGUCGCGCUCAAGGACGGCAAGAUGUUCGGCUGGGGCAACAACAGCGAGGGCCAGAUCGGCCACAUCCUCCGGAAAAACUUUGGCGAGCCCCAGGAGGUGUCGUCCAUGGAGCACGAGCCCGCCGUCGACGUGUCGUGCGGCCGCUACUCGACGCUCGCGACGUCGGACACCAAGUGCGCGUACUUCUGGGGCUCCCUCACGGGGUCGGCGAACCAGGGCGCGCCGUCGACGGGGCCCGACGGCGAGGAGAAGAAGCCCGACGAGGGCGAGGCGCCCGACUUUGGGGGCGAGUCCAAGUCGAAGUACGGCGGCGGCGCCGCGUCGCGCAUGCUCGCGGGCGCCGCGAAGCAGCUCGUCGGCACGGACGUCGUCCUCGGCGCCAUCGGCGAGGCCCACGGCAUCCUCCACUUCAAGAACGGCUGCCUCGACGGCUGGGGCUACAACGCGUACGGCCAGGCGCUCGGCCGCGUCGACAAGCGCACGGACCUCAUCGAGGAGCCCAAGAACUGCGACCUCGGCGACGUCUACAAGCCCUCGUCGUCCGUCAAGGUCCUCGGCAUCUGCACCGCCGGCGGCACGACGACGCUCCUCGUCAGCGGCGAGGAGCAGGACUAGCGCGCCCGCCGCGUCUCCGGCGCGCGGCCCGUCGUUCGACCGACGCGGCCCCCCCGACGCCCACGACGGGGCUUCCCGUUUUCUUCCCGCCUAAUAUGGAGCCCGCCUCGUCCCGCCGUCGCACGGUUUCCGCGCCAAAAGUCCGAAUAACACUUCACGCUC